AGAGAGUCAGAGAGAGACAGAAGACAGUAGAAGGAGGUACUGGAACAGUGAAGAGUAUCUGGGCAUUUUACAUCUGGACUUCCUCUGGAGGAAUGGCUCUCCUGCCUACAAGCGUCCCCUCUAACUUCAGCACUGCCGCUAUAUAUGGAGACCAAAACAACACCAAUGGAGCAGCACAACAGCAGUGUCCUGAUGCAGAAAUGAAGGGCUGGUACUUCACUGUGCUGCCGGUUUAUAUCCUGCUCAUCACUGUGCUGGGAAUCGUGUUGAAUGUGUUUGUCCUGAUGGUUUUCUGCUUCCACAAGAAGGCCUGCACCGUGGCUGAGAUCUACUUGAGCAACAUGGCUGCUGCUGACCUCGUCCUGAUGUCCUGUUUGCCUUUCUGGGCCGUCUACGUGUCCAACGGUUUCAAUUGGCAUUUUGGUGUGUUCCUGUGCAAAGUCGUCAACAUGGGCAUCAAUAUGAACGCUUACAGCAGCAUCUACUUCCUCAUUCUGGUUAGCGUAGAUCGCUGUGUGGCACUGGUGCACCCGCUGUCCCAUGGUAGAAUGCGUAGGCCAAAAUAUGCCAAACUGGGCUGUCUGCUGGUGUGGUGUUUCGGCUUGCUCCUGAGUGUCCCCACACUGGUCUAUAGGGGAGUGAAACAUUAUCCUGAUUAUAAUAUAACUGGAUGUUAUCUGAACUACCCAAACCACACUGUGCAGCUGGUCUUUGAUGGGAUAUUGUUCGUUUUUGGCUUCAUCAUCCCCAUUUUCAUUAUUUCUUACUGCACUCUCAAGAUUAUUCAAGCUCUGAAUAACCGGUUAAUGUUAAACACACAGAGGACGGAGCAAAAGGCCACCACUCUGGUGCUGGCGGUCCUCCUGGCGUUUAUGAUCUGCUGGGUGCCGUUCCACGUGGUUAAGAUACUAGAAGCGCUCUUAAAAGCCGAAGUCCUGAGUGGGUGUAGCAUCACCUCCAUCCUAAACACCUGCAAGAAUAUCUUCAUGUACUUAGCCUUCUUCAAUAGUGUUCUCAACCCCAUCCUAUACGUCAUUGUAGGAGAGAACUUCCGUAAAAAAGUUAGGAAGGUCUUUAAGCAAUGGAGCACUGACAGAACAACGACCCUCAACACCACUUUCACACGCUCCAAACUGUUGAGAAGUGUUAAAACUGUCUCAAGUUGAUCUGCAGGUUCAGGCUGAUUUUAUUUUAUUUUAUUUUUUUUUGAGAAGCUGGGGCAUGUUUUGUUUUUAGCUUUUUAUAAUUUUCAUAGAAGUAAGAUAAGAAAAAUAUUUGAAGCAAUAAGAUCCUGCUCAAUAUGGUGAGGUUUGAACACCCUCUUUGAUUGUUUGCUCCGGGCAGAACAUAACCCUGGGCUUUAGCUAAAGGCACACCAAGCUGACGGUCGUCCGUCGUACAGUUUGGGGCUGUCGUGAGCGCCCGUCGGCCUAGUUUUUGCGUGUCCCGCACCGCCGUCUGCCCAUUUUUUAGUUUUUUUGGACGAUUCAGCUUGUUGAAUCGGCGGCGGUGUCCGUCGGUGAGAGGAAUCAUUCUGAUUGGCUGUUCAGCUUAAAACAAGCAGUGCACGAGAAGAGAAACGGACGUGAGGAAAGCAAGCCAACGAGUAAAGUCAAGAGGCAAAACACAGAAGGCUCUUUUCUUUUUCCAUCUUCAUCUCAUCUGAUCUUUCCAAUACAAGGAUAUAUCAUAAUGACAUGGCCAUCUGGAAUGAAGCUAAGUGUGUCUUGAACUCAUGUCUUCUCUGGGCAACACUUCAGGAGGAAAGUUAGGAAGAAGGAGGACGAGACACCAUCACAGAUGAUCAUAUACGGCCAGAUAUAUCAACGCUCUGAUGUGUCUAGUAACAACAGAUGAGAGGAAAUCAAUGGUGUGGUCAUUUUUAUUGCAAGGGAUGAGAUAUUUCAUAACAGGAUGUGAGACUAAAUGUACCUUAUUUGCCAUUCUAACACUUAUGCCCUAACUGUUGCUUCAUCAGAAAUGCUUUCAGGCUUAAUAUAACAAUAACACUGCCACAUAAUUAAACCGCAUUACCAGAUUGCAUUUUAUAUUGCAGAAGUAAUGGGCACAAACUAAGAUAAUGGAAGUAAUGUUUAAAAGAGAAGGAAACAGACUUUGUGUCUCUGUGCAACAGUUUAAAGUGUUAAUAUGACACACUAAUGGAAAGAUGUUCCACGCCUAUCUUUGUGCACGUCUCUGGAUAUGUCUUUGAAUCUGUUUCUCUGUACCGUUACAUGGUGUUGCUUUUACUGUCUUGUAAUAUUUUAAUGUUAAACACCCAAAGAUAUAUUUCAUAACCACGUAUUCUCUCUGUUUCUGAAACUGUAACUCAUGUAUCCUUUCUUUGACUCCAGAAAGCUAACAUAAAAAGAGAAUGGCCUCCACACUGUGCAUACAUUUGCAUGCUAGAAAAAUGUGUUGCUUUGUACGGUUCAUGUGCUAUUCAAAGUAACAGAAGCCUAAAGAAUGACUCACACAGUCAUGUUGGUAUUUUUUUGAACAAACGGCACUGUUGUCAAAACAACUUCUGGGAAUCAGUUGUUAAGCUAUUUGCAUCAUUAAUUUUAUGUAAAACCUGGAGUGGCAUGAAUGCAAAGACUUAAUCUUUGCAUGACCUGCGAAUAAACUUACACCUAUGUGACUGUA